GCAGGCGCCAUUUUGUUGUGCCGGUGGAGGUUUCUCCUUCCGCUUUCAGCGUGGUUUCCAAAAUCAAGCCCACCCGCGUUCCAAAAGCGUGCUCCCCCUCCCUUGUGAAGGAUUUAGUUAAAACGCUUCUGUGGCAGCCAGGGAGAUGGCCCUUCACCCGUCCCCCCGACAACCAGCGGUGCUGUUGCCCAGCAACGAGAGUCGCGGGUGUCCAAACUUUUUAUUUCCUCCCAGAAAACUUGAAGGAGGUGGGGCUCCUGUUGUGGAAUGUGACCAGACUUGGCCUUAGUUGUGUUGCCUUUUUUGACGGGGGCGCACCAGCAAUUCAAAUCGAUGAAGUGACCAUUCAAAAAAGGACGAUUUCGGGUCCUGUUGCAUUUUUUGUCAGGUUGUCGCAAUCACUCAGCAACCAAGGCUGAAACACAUCAACGCUGGCCGGCACCACGCUUGACGAUGGCGAAGCCCGUUGAGGCUGUCCUGUGCACAACUAAAUGAGAAUCUUGGCCAAAAGUUGAUUUUUGUGGAUCUGCGUGUGUCGUACUUGAGCCGAUUUGCUUUUUAGCGUUGACUGAAGCUGCUCUUGACAAGAGCAGAAAAUCCCGCCGUGUCAUUCAGUGAGUCGGACAACCGACGGCUUGAAUGGAUGCGCUCCGGGGGGAGGAGAAGGUGGGGGAUGGGCCCCAGCGGUGACCUCUUUGUGAGCCAGAUUACCCGCUUGUAUUAAUGCAUGAUUGUGCGGAGGGCAUCAAAUGAUUGGGGGCCGGGGUGAACGCCCGAGCGUCGUCGUACAGUUUGUCUCCCCUAAAGCAAAAGCCUUCAUCACCGCUUUGGGGGAAUGGUACGCUCCUGAUUGUUUGCGCCUCAACAGGCUCUUGGAAUUCCUGCCUUGUGAAAGGGGGGCAGGGGGGUGCUUAAGCAAGCUAUUCAGGGAGGUAAUCAGUCAGCCCGAGUCUCGUUUGUCCUUUUUUUAUUUUUAAGAUAAAAAGGAGUAACCUCGGACGGUGGUCACCCGCGUUGCAACACGACCGAAGCCGUGCAUCCAACCGUCAAUCCGACCAAUUAGUUGCACAAUUAUCUUGCUGUUAUUAUUGGAACUUUUUCCAGGCGCAACCGCAAAAACGUGGUGCGAUUGUCAGAGGCACAUCUCAUCCAAAAAAAAAAACCUUCCACACAGGUGUCUGCUGUGUCAAUGAUCAAUGUUGCUUGUGUCAUUAUUUAUCCAAACCUGAUGAGGUCUAAUUGGCCCCUCCCUUGCCCAACAGGAAACUAAAGCACCACUAAGCCGCCUCCUCUUCCUCCUCCUGCAUUGCCCUUUACUAUUGUGAUGGAUGAAAUUGUCCUCACAGAACAGUCACUAUCAUUUUUUUUUUUUGCAUGCAGGAGGGGGCAUGUAACUGGAGCAAGGCCAAGGCACAGACAGUCUAGCACAUUUGGCCCCACCCCCUCUCUUUGCAAGUUUGAAAUGUGAGCUGCCUGCAUUUUUUUCCCUUCCUUUUCUCCUUGUUCCCCUCCCCUCGCCUCGCCUCCCCUCCUCCGCUUGCCUGCCUGCCUGCUGGCAAGGAGGCUCUGUGCUGCCGGCGGACCGACGGACGCAGCAGUGAGCGAGCGAGUGUGUGUUUGUGUGUGCGAACUCGCUGGCCAGCCAGCGAGAGUGGAUGUGAUUGUGUGUCUGGGCAGAGCAUACAAUGGAUCGCUAAGCGGAAAAAAGGAAGGCGCAUCAAUACGGAGCUCUUCUGUCGUCGUGGUGCGAAGAGCUGGGCCGCCUCCUCCUGCUGCGUCACCAAAAGAGCCGGCAGAACGAGCCCCCUGGAAAAGUGCCCAUGCAGCCCCCCAUGAGCUCCAUGAAGCCUGCUUUCUCGCACGGUGACGGGUCUUCACCCUACGACUCGGUUCCCUGGCAACAGAAUGCCAAUCAGCCUCCGGGUUCACUGUCGGUGGUGACCACCGUGUGGGGCGUCACCAAUACCUCGCAGAGCCAGGUGUUGGGUAGCAACAGCAACAAUCCCAUGAACCCAGGCGGCAACCCGAUGGCGUCGGGGAUGUCUGCGCCCAAUCCCGGGAUGAACGCCUCUCACUUCGGCGGUGCUCAGCAGCAGUUCCCCGGCAAAGGCAACGCCAACCAGGCCUAUAUGCAGCAGGGCAUGUACGGACGGCCCGGCUACCCUGGCGGGGGCGGGUUUGCUGGCAACUACGCCGGGGGCCCCAAUUCCGGACCCGGAGGCAUGGGCAUGCCUCCACACUCGCGUCCGCCGUCAGACUUCAGCCAGCCCGCAGCGGCAGCUGCUGCUGCUGCCGUCGCCGCCGCUGCCGCCACGGCAACUGCCACCGCCACGGCCACCGUCGCCGCCCUGCAGGAAACUCAGAACAAGGACAUGAAUCAGUACGGACCGAUGAGUUCCUCCUUCCAGAUGGCACCAAACCAGGCCUACACUAGCCAGUUCAUGAGCCAGGCGGGACCUCGUGGACCCGCCUCCCUCCCCGGGAACAUGGCCUCGGGAAUGAACGCAUCCAACAUGAGCGGCCCGCCGAUGGGGAUGAACCAGUCGCGGGGCCAAGGUAUGGGGCCCUUCGGAGGCCACGGCCAACGGAUGCCCCAGCAAGGCUACGGCGGAGCUCGAGCCCAAGCACAAGCACAAGGCAUGCCAGUGCUGGGCAUGAAGAGGCCCUAUCCCGGCGAGUCAAACUACGGGGGCCAGCAGUAUGGAGCGAACCAGUUCCCAAGCCAGCAGGGCCAGUACCCGACAGCCGCCGGUUCCAGGCCGCUGCCGCCGGGCAACUACCCCGGCCAGCGGAUGGCGGGACAGCCGCUCCACUCCCAAUAUCCGCCACCCACUGGUCCCAUGGGCGGCCAGUAUUAUAAGCAAGAGCCAUCUUUCAACGGCCAAAGCACCAACUUCUCUGGCAGCGGUUUUCAGUACGGCCAGGCUAAUAUGAACGGGCCACCCAGACCGAUGGCCAACUACCCCCACUCCCCAGUACCGGGCAACCCCACCCCUCCGAUGACCCCGGGAAGCAACAUCCCUCCGUAUUUAUCACCCAGUCAGGAUGUGAAGCCACCCUUUCCUCCUGACAUCAAACCAAAUAUUAGUGCUCUUCCUCCUCCGCCCGCUAACCACAACGAGGAGCUGCGCCUCACCUUCCCGGUGCGCGACGGAGUGGUUCUGGAGCCCUUCAGGCUCGAGCACAACCUGGCAGUCAGCAAUCACGUCUUCCACUUACGGCCCUCGGUACACCAGACGCUCAUGUGGAGGUCGGACCUGGAGCUGCAGUUCAAAUGCUACCACCACGAGGACCGGCAGAUGAACACCAACUGGCCGGCUUCGGUGCAGGUCAGCGUCAACGCCACGCCACUCACCAUCGAGCGCGGAGACAACAAAACCUCCCACAAGCCCUUGCACCUGAAGCACGUCUGCCAACCGGGCAGGAACACCAUCCAGAUUACCGUCACGGCCUGUUGCUGUUCGCACUUGUUUGUGCUACAGCUGGUCCACAGGCCGUCGGUCCGCUCCGUCCUGCAGGGUCUGCUGAAGAAGAGGCUCUUGCCGGCCGAGCACUGCAUCACCAAAGUCAAGAGGAACUUCAGCAGCGUAGCCUCGUCCUCGGGCAACGCCGGGCUCAAUGGCGAGGACGGCGUGGAGCAGACGGCCAUCAAGGUGUCGCUAAAGUGUCCCAUCACCUUCCGGAGAAUCCAGCUGCCGGCCAGAGGCCACGACUGCAAGCACGUUCAGUGUUUCGACUUGGAAUCGUAUCUCCAACUGAACUGCGAGCGAGGCACGUGGCGAUGUCCUGUGUGCAAUAAAACGGCGUUGUUAGAAGGGCUGGAGGUGGACCAGUAUAUGUGGGGCAUUUUGAACGCCAUUCAAAACUCCGAAUUGGAGGAGGUGACGAUCGACCCGACGUGUAGCUGGCGGCCCGUGGCCAUCAAGUCUGAGAUCCACAUCAAGGAGGACCCGGACGCUCCCCUGGCCAAGCGCUUCAAGACCAUGAGCCCCAGCCAGAUGAUAAUGCCCAACGUGACCGACAUGAUCGCUCAGUUGGGACCAGGGCCCUCGCAGCAAGCCGCCGGCAACGGCGAAUAUGCCACUCAAGGCAACAGUUACCACGGCAACUUUGAGUUCCCGCACGGAGCACCGGGCGCCACGUCCGUCAACGACUUCAUGCACGGGCCUCAACUGUCGCACCAGCCCGACUUGCCCGGCAGCCUGAUGAACGCCGCCGACAAGCCUCUUUCCCACAGCGUGCCCGACUCAAUACCUCACCCUUCCGCCAACGAGCCACCGCACGGCACCUUGCAGCAGAGCAUACACGGGUCGCCGCAUUCGAGUGGCCAGUCGGGGCAGCACCAACAGCAACAACUCCACCAUGGCGGACCCCCUCCACCCUCGCGGCAACCCCCGCCGGCCCCUCCUCCUCCUCUUCAGCAGCAGCAGCCCGGUGCAAACAGCCACCCUCAUGGCGACCUGACCUUCAACACUUCCAGCAGUUUGGACGGCCAAGCCGGCUCGGACAUGCCCGAACCUUCUUUAGACCUUCUUCCAGAGCUGGCCAACCCGGACGAGCUUUUGUCCUACUUGGACCCGCCCGGCCUCCCCAGCAAUAGCAACGAUGACCUCCUGUCGCUCUUUGAAAACAACUGACAAAAAUCCAAAACAAGGAGAAAAUAUAAAUGAAAAAAGGUUUGUACUUGAUGAACAUAACAAAGAUGCACUCCCCUUCUCUUCUUCCUCAUGUAUAGUUUUGCUUGAGAAACAAGAAGCCGACCUGACCGGAUGGUUUGCUUUGGACUCAUUACGCUCGGCAGCAUCGGGCGGCCUGAAAGCACCGCAUCACUUUUGCUUCAACAUUGGCCAGGUGUCCAAUUGAAGCCAUGUCAAUACUUUCCGGAAUGUCUUUGAAGCGCGUCACCCCAGCCACAAUUUUGGAUGCUUCUGGAAUUCAUUUCAGGUGGCCAUCAAUACAAAGGAAAGUGUUUCCCCCCCAAAUUGUUGACACAAACGAGUGAAUUAGGCUGCAGUUCUUCGCAGUCUCCGAGUUGCCUCGUGGAUCACUUUUGUCCGCUCAUGCUGUAGAAAUGGGCUCGUCCGCUUCCCGGCUCUGAGCACGUCCCGCUCUAUUGGAUCACGUUGCAAGCUCGCGUGGAAAAUCACUUCCGAAGCUAUUUACUGCCACCUCAGACAAAGAUCAAAAAUCAUCUGAGGAUUCAUUUAAGGCGACUUUCUCGACCUAUGGCCGAUGAAAAGGCCACACUGCUGGCAGUCUUUUACACAAUGUGCAAAGUGUGCCAAGCUAAUCAAUCAUAUUGGAUUGAUUUCAACACUAACACGGGAAGGCACAUUGCUGAAAUCAUUUACCGUUCUUUUCUGCCUCAUCCAAGCAAACACAUUUUGGCUAACCGCAAAAGGGCGAAAACAAAGUGAAGUGUGCACGAUCGCGAUGCGUGCAUGCGUUUGAUCCGAGCCAUGGCAAACCUUUCCUUGAUUGACUGCCAGCGUCCGUUUGAAGCAGAAGUAUGCAAAUGUAUUAUUUUCUAACAAGUGCUAUUGUGGCUGCUGUUAAUAUCAUUGUCAAUAUUUUCAUAUCAAUGAUAAAAAAUACGAGUUGUCUGUCCUCAUCCUCCUCACAUGAGACACACUUGGCCACUCCAAAAUAAUCUCCUGUUUGUUUCAUCAUACAGCAACAUGAUUCUAUAUUUUGAUUUUUUUUUUUUUAAGCAAGCACAGCCUGUCAAAGAUACUGAACUGUUUCAAUUUUUGUAAUUUGCUGGUAUUCAGUGGGAUCACAUUUGUUGUUAAUACACUAAACAUGUGCCAGGCAUAUAUCUGUAAGACACAUUCUAAAACAUUGUCCUUAAACACACACACAAUAAAGAUUUUAUUAUAUUUGUCAUAAAACAUGUUGUGGGGUUGUGGCCAUAUACAUGUCAACUCCUUGUCCCCCCUUCUGUUAUAAUUUAUUUUGUGUUUUUUUUAAAUGAUUUUUCUGUAAGGCUUGAAACCUGACGUCUGUCACUGUAGCUUGUGUUUUUUUGUUGGCCCACAGGGUCACCUAUGUUUUUUUAAAUGUAUUUUUGCCUUUUUAUCCGUAAUUCCAGAAAGUCAAUAUCUCACUCUAGUCUAUUAUUAUAUUAUUAUUAUUAUUAUUAUUAUUAUUAUUAUUAUUAUUAUUAUUAUUACUAAUACUACUACUACUACUUUUUGUUGCCAUAUAAAUUUCACAUUCCCUUGUUUUGAUAAUUUAUUUUGUACUUACACACUUGUUUUUAUUUUUUUGUGCUUGCUGGCUUUCAAUGAAUGUGAGUGAAUAUCAUUGUUGUCAGUACAGUGAUAUUUUUAAAGAGCAUAUUUUAAAUAAAUCCUCUGUAUUGUUUGACAUGAUAGAAAAAGUAUUUUUAUGAUGGAAAAUUUCAUCCCUUGCUCUUUUUUAAUAAUUUAUUUUUUUACUCUUUUAUCCUUCUGUUAGGCUCAGAAGCAAUUGUCUCUUGCUGGAGCCUCCCUACGCUUUUUAUUAAAAUGUCAUUUAAAUCAUUUUGCAGUUCAGCACACUGACAAAAAAUGACCAUACACUGCCAUAUCAUUUUAUUUUAGUAUGAAACAUGGGAUGAAUUCAUGUUGAUUCGUUUCUUGCAUACAGUUGAGCCACUUUUGUGUAUCCUCAAUCUGUACUUGCACAAUCACAUUAAAGGACACACACACAUAUAUAUCUAUAUAUAUCUAUAUAUAGAUAUAUAGAUAUAUAUGUAUAUAUGUAAAUGUCCAGACAUAUAUAUAUAUAUAUAUAUAUAUAUAUAUAUAUAUAUAUAUAUAUAUAUAUAUAUAUAUAUAUAUAUAGGUCUGGAAAUUUACAGGACAAAGCGAGGUUUUCUGUAUAUAUGUGAAUAAAAAUAGAGACGUGAACAGAAAUGUAUUCAUGUUCCCUGGGAAUGUGCAUUGUUUGCUCCGAAUAAUAAAAGAUUUUUCAACCAUUCCUUUGGAAGUGGGAAAUUGUUAGUUUGAGCCCCAGUUUUUGGGACUUAUUGUGUUAAAUGAAAUGUUCUUCUCUGUCUCUUCUAUACUAAAGAAACAAAAGGAAAAGCAAAAUUUGUCCAGAAGAUUGUAAGUAAAGCCACAUUUUUAUAUCAUGGACAAGCCACGGUCUGUGUUUGUAUUAUGUACAAUCAUUUCAUACUGACAGGUUUUUUUAAAGUCUUGCAGAGCUGCGGUAUGUAGUUAGACCAUGUGACACCCUCAUAUUUAUCUAAUAAAUAUGCAUUCAUAUCAUA